AUGCGAGUGCAAUCGCCUUUAAGUGCGGCUGGGUUGUGGUGAAGGCGUUCACGUUCAUGUCUGUGGGAGCGGUAGUCGCAGACAGACACAGACAGACAGAGCGAUUGCCGUGACUUUGCAACGUUGAAGCUGGAGCGGCCGCCUGCUCGCUGUUUGUCCCCGUGUGUGUUGGUGUGUGGUUGCAGGCAGCCCGUAUCCCUCUGCACACCAAUGCCGGGCCCCCGGGAGGAGCAGAGACAGAGGCUGGAGCAGAGGCAGCAGCUACAAGGGCUGGAGCAGAGACUGGGGCUGCAGCAGCUACAGCAGCAGCAGCAGCAGCAGCAGCGGCGGCUACACGGACAGCGGGCCAUGCCAGCCAGCGGCUACUCCAUCAACCUGACCGUACAGCAAGUCCUCAGCCUGUGGGCGCACGGAACCCUGCGGCACUUCACCGAGAUGUGGUACUGGGUCUUCCUCUGGGCGCUCUUCUCCUCGCUCUUCCUGCACGGAGCCGUUGGCCUCCUGAUGUUCGUCAUGCUCCAGAGGCACAAGCAGGGCAGAGUCAUCUCAGUGGCGGCCGUGGUGGUGGGCUUCCUAGCGUCCAUCACCGGAGGAAUGAUCACAAGCGCGGCGGUGGCUGGAGUGUACCGAGUGGCUGGGAAGACCAUGGUGCCUCUCGAAGCUCUGGUCUUUGGUGCCGGACAGACUGUACUCACCGUGGUCAUCUCGUUCUCCCGGAUCCUCGCCACCCUAUAAGGGCCGAGCUCCUCCCCCCCCCCCCCCCCCGACGACCCGGCAAGCAUCUCUCCUCGACGCGGGGAGAAAACGAGAAGCGUGAAAGACCAAAGUUUAUUUUUGACGGGGCGAUGAGAGGGCGCGAAGGGGCAAGGCGGGCGGAGGAAGCGGCAGCUGUUGUUUAAUGUGCCCGCCCGCGCAUGCGCGCCCUCUGCCUACGUGGAUGGCGUGAAGAUUACUAACAAGCCUGUGAAGCCUCGGCGAGAAAAUAACCCUGUCCAGUCACCAAUCGCACUGAACAAUAGUGGUGACUGAUACACACUGGUGUGACUGCACUCUGAUGCAAACCUUGCAGGGAUAACAAUAGCAUUGUGCCAAACACGAACAUUUUUUAAUACGUUAUUUUUUUUUUUUGCAAAUGUGAGCUGUGCCCUGUGCAAAGAUUCAACUCUUCUGUGAGAGGGGGGAGAGGGGAGGGUUAUUUACAAGUGCAUAUUCAUCAGAUCUCAAGCCUUGCAUACCUUCCUUGUUUUGCCAUUUCUCCGUGUGUGUGUGUGUGUGUAUAUAUAGUGUCGGAAGGAACCGCAGAUGCUGAUUUACGGACACAAAGUGCUGGAGUAACUCGGCGGGUCAUGCAGCGUCUCUGGAGAGAAGGAACGGGUGACGUUUCGGGGUCGAGACCCUUCUUCAGACUGAGAGUCGGGGGAGAGGGAUGAAAAGGUUCCGAACAAAGCCCACGGCCAACAAUGAACCAUUGUGGGCUCCACUUUUCCUUGAUCACCGUUGAUUUUUUUUUGCAGAUUUCCCAUUCUUUCGUACUGUAUCUCUGUCUAAGUCUCUCAUUUCCCUUUCCCCAAUGACUCUCAGUCUGAAGAAGGGUCUCGACCCGAAACGUCACCCGUUCCUUCUGUCCGGAGAUGCUGCCUGUCCCGCUGAAUUACUCCAACAUUUUGUGUAUAGUGUAUAGUAUUUGUUACAUUGAUGACUAAAAAUUGCAGUUGAAUUAAUACUUUGCCAUUAUUACCAUUUGCUGCUUUUACAUCCUAAAGACCAACCUUCCUCUCUGUUCGUUAUUGCUCCACACUGUCUCAGUUCAGUUUAUUGUCACGUCCACUGAGGUACAGUGAAAAGUUUUUGUUGCCUGCUAACCAGCCAGCGGAAAGACAACACAAGAUUGCAAUCGAGCCAUUCGCUGUAUAUGGAUAUCAUAGUUAAAAUAAGAAACAUUGCUGUGUGGGGCCCGAGUGAUUUAAGAGUGCGGUGCUGCGGUAGAGUCGCUGCCUCACAGCGCCAGAGACCCGGGUUCGAUCCUGACUACCAGCGCUGUCUGUACGGAGUUUGCACGCUCUGUCCCCGUGACCUGCGUGGGUUUUCUCCAAGAUCUCUGGUUUCCUCCCACACGUCGAGGUUUGUAGGUUAAUUGGCUUGGUAUAUAAAUGUACAAUUGUCCCUGGUGUGUGUGUGUAGGGUAGAGUUAAUGUGCGGGGAUCGCUGGUCGGCACUGACCCGGUGGGCUGAAGGGCCUGUUUCCCCACUGUAUCUCUAAACUAAACUGAGGUAAAAAUCAGCUUCCGUGCCCAGCACGCAAUUGCCAGGCAAAUGGCCGCCUGUGUUGGACGCCAUCUUGGAAGCGUCGUAACCCAGAGCAACCGGUUACUCAACUGCACUCUGAGGGUGUUUUAUUUUUUCUCUGAUAAAGAACUACUUUGUCUACAGCGGAGAGCAUGGCCCGGUAAAUCCCAGCAUUGUUUAUCAGGCAUGUGGAACAGUUGUACACUGCUUUUUACUUUUAAACCACUGCAUGUCAAUAGCCGGAAAUGGGGCGGCAGGGUGGUGCAGUGGGUAGAGCUGCUGCCUCACAGCACCGGAGACCCGGGUUCGAUCCUGAGUACGGGUGCCGUCUGUACAGAGUAUGUACGUUCUCCCCGUGACUUAUGUGGUGCUCCAGUUUCCUCACACCCCCCCCCCCCCCCCAAAGAUCUACAAUUCUGUAGGUUAAUUGGUUUUGGUUAAAUUGUAAGCUGUCCCUAGUGUGUGUAUGACAGUGCCAGUGUGCGGUGUUCGCUGGACAAUAGACAAUAGGUGCAGGAGUAGGCCAUUCGGCCCUUCGAGUCAGCACCGCCAUUCAAUGUGAUCAUGGCUGAUCAUCCCGAGUCAGUACCCCGUUCCUGCCUUCUCCCCAUAUCCCCUGACUCCGCUAUUUUUAAGAGCCCUAUCUAGCUCUCUCUUGAAAACAUCCAGAGAACCAGCCUCCACCGCCCUCUGAGGCAGAGAAUUCCACAAACUCACCACUCUCUGCGCGAGAAAAAGUGUUUCCUCGUCUCCGUUCUAAACGGCUUACUCCUUAUUCUUAAACUGUGGCCCCUGGUUCUGGACUCCCCCAACAUCAGGAACAUGUUUCCUGCCUCUAGCGUGUCCAAACCCUUAAUAAUCUUAUAUGUUUCAAUGAGAUUCCCUCUCGUUCUUCUAAACCCCAGAGUGUACAAGCCCAGCCGCUCCAUUCUCUCAGCAUAUGACAAUCCCGCCAUCCCGGGGAUUAACCUUGUAAACCUACGCUGCACUCCCUCACUAGCAAGGGCCUGUUUCCGCGCUGUAUCUCUAAAGUAAACACGAACGUUAUGGUAGAUUCGUGGAAAAACUAGGAACACAGGAGGAAAACAACUCAACUAUUGAAAGUUGAGAAAAAUGUUUACAACCUUACAAAUACCAUUUCAAUGCGUAAAUGGGUUGAAUAAACAGUAUUGCAUUUUGUAAUCAUGUUCUAAUUUUUGGGGGCGCUAUUUUCUUUUUCCUAACAUUCAAUGUGGUACAGCCAGGUUUUUAAUUGGUGCAAUGAUUGAUAUCAUCGGAAACUUGGAGUACUCCAAGAAACUUUUUUUUUCCAAGUUGAUGCUUUUGGAAAACUGAUUCCUUUAAGCACUUGAAGUUAUUUUUUGGGGUUUUUUUUUUUUUUUUU